AUGUUUUUCCACAUAGUGCUGGAGCGAAAUAUGCAGCUCCAUCCACGCUACUUUGGUCGUAAUCUUCGUGAUAAUCUUGUUUCCAAGCUAAUGAAAGAUGUGGAAGGCACUUGCAGUGGUCGACAUGGAUUUGUUGUAGCGGUUACAGGGAUAGAAAACAUAGGGAAAGGGUUAAUUCGUGAUGGAACAGGGUUUGUGACAUUUCCAGUUAAGUACCAAUGUGUUGUCUUCAGACCAUUUAAGGGGGAGAUUUUGGAAGCUGUUGUUACCAUGGUGAACAAGAUGGGAUUUUUUGCUGAAGCUGGACCUGUACAAAUCUUUGUUUCCAACCACUUGAUUCCGGAUGAUAUGGAGUUCCAGUCUGGAGACAUGCCAAAUUACACUACUUCAGAUGGAUCAGUUAAGAUUCAAAAAGAUAGUGAAGUGAGACUAAAGAUAAUUGGGACUCGAGUGGAUGCUACUGAAAUUUUCUGCAUAGGUACCAUAAAAGAUGAUUUCUUGGGUGUGAUCAACGACCCUGCAACAGUUUAA